GCGCGCACGUGUGUGUGUGUGUGUGUGUGUUUUAAAUAUAUAUUAUAGGAUUAUUAAUUCCAUAUUAUUUGUAAUAUAUAUUAAGAGUAAUGGAGAUUCAUACCGAUACUCCACAGGAUCCAGAUACGGAAUAUAAGCUUGAUAAAGGAUCUGCGAGACCGUGGAUGAACUUGGUUCUUGUCUUUAUCAUCAUCGUGGUUAUGAAAGGACUUUUGAUCACAAGUGCACACUUUUUGCUGAGUGUAAACGUCGGCCAAUCCGUACACCCGGUCGGUCUGAAUGACAGAAGUGCAGAUGGAGAGAAGUUACAGCUUCAUGCAGAAAUCCAGAGACUCACCGCACUCCUGCACAACAUCACUUCAGACCCUCAAUGCCAGCUUUGCCUGAAAAGUUGGCACAGGUUUAAGGGUCACUGCUACUUCAUCUCAGCAGGACUGGAGGAAGACAGGAAGUGGGCUGAGAGUGUUGAAUACUGCGCCAAGCACAACGCCAGCCUGGCCAUCAUUCAGUAUGAAGCUGAGAUGGAGUUUAUCGUCAGUCAGAUGAGGCGGUUUUCGGAGACGCCGUUUGUGUGGAUCGGCCUCAGUGACGCACAGGAAGAAGGUGUGUGGGCUUGGCUUGAUGGAACACUGCUACAAGACCACAGGUUCAUAAAAGUGCAGUGGGACUCCAAACACAGAGACUGCGCAGACCUGAGAGGAGAUGGAAGUGUGUUUGCGUCGGACUGCGAGUCCUACGGUCCCUGGCUGUGUGAGAAACCCAUGGACAUUCUGCCAGAGAUUGUCAAUCAUCUCCAAAAUUACUGGCACCCUUCCAGUGGCAAAAACGAAUAAAUAAAUAUUCUGAAAAUUAUACAGUUUUCUCAAAAUCCAAAAUGUUUUCCUGGGUGAAACAUCCAGUGGAAUGGAGGAUGAUAACAGCAGUGAGGAUCUUU